AUGAACUCAACAGCUUCACCCACCUCCUCGGAGAUAACAUCCGCCGACAAUCUAGACGACACAAUUGGGAAUAUCGCUCGGCAGGUCACACAAACAUCAAAUCGUCAGCCUGAACAUGGCACAAAUAAUGCCAUCAAUCCACAAAAGGGAAGUAACCUCGACCCUUUCUCGCCAGCAUUCGACGUCAAGGCCUGGACCAGGGCAUUCAUCGACCUCUUCGAUGCCGACCCUGACGCCGCGCCUCACCGGACAGUUGGUGUUGCCUACGGAGGCUUGAGUGUCUGUGGAUCCAGCACGGGCAGUCAAUACCAGAAGACGGUUGGAAACAUCUUGCUGAGCACGGUGACAUCCCUCGUUGGGCAAUUGACGGGCAGAGCCAAGAAUCAAGUCAAGAUUCUCGACGGGUGCGAGGGAAAAGUCGAGCCAGGCGAAAUGCUCCUCGUGCUCGGCCCCCCUGGUUCAGGGUGCUCGACUCUGCUCAAGACGCUUGCAGGACGAACAGAGGGUCUGGAAGUCUCUGAGGAGUCUCACAUCAAUUAUCGAGGAAUUGACCCGGCCGAUAUGCACACUCGUUUCAGAGGCGACAUUAUGUACAACGCUGAGCUCGACGUCCAUUUACCCGCACUGACGGUUGGCGACACCCUCGAGUUCGCCGCACGAGCAAGAGUACCCUCGGUCAUCCCUGGUGGCUUCUCCUCAAAGCAGUUUGCGCGCAUCCUGCGAGACGUGACCAUGGCCAUGUUCCGUAUUACCCAUACCAGCAACAGCAAAGUGGGCAACGACUAUAUACGCGGUGUGUCUGGGGGUGAAAGAAAACGCGUCAGCAUUGCAGAAGCCGCUCUGGUGCGGGCCAAGUUGCAAUGCUGGGACAAUAGUACCCGUGGCCUUGAUAGCGACAAUGCGAUAUCCUUUUGCGAGACCCUUCGAGUGCAAGCCGAUAUCAUGGAUAUUGCGGCGGUAGUGGCGAUUUAUCAGGCUCCGCAGUCAGCCUAUGAUGUCUUUGACAAGGUCACCGUCUUGUAUGAAGGUCGGCAGAUCUUUUUCGGACCCACGCAGGAUGCAAGGCGAUACUUUGAAAGCUUAGGAUUUGAAUCCCCGGAGCGACAAACAACGGCAGACUUCCUGACCUCCAUGACAUCUCCCCACGAACGUCGAAUCCGACCUGGUCACGAGUCUCAGGUCCCCAGGACAGCAGCCGAAUUUGCCGUUCGGUGGCAGGAGUCUAAAGAACGCAAGGCCUUGCUGGCUCAGCUCUCCGCCUACGACCGCGACCAUCCACGAGAGGAGCGGCUGCAGCAUUUUUCCACCAGCCACAAAGCCGAACGCAGCUCAGCUCAGCGCCUCAAGUCUCCCUACACCAUUCCUUAUCUCCGUCAAGUCCAGCUAUGUCUGUGGCGAAGCUGGAAGCGCUUGGUGGCGGACCCUGGGUUCACCGUGGCCCAGCUACUCUUCAAUCUUGUCAUGGGCUUCGUGCUGGGCAGCAUGUUUUAUAACCUCCGUGACGAUACGAGCAGUCUCUAUUACCGUGGUGGUUUGAUCUUCUUCGCCAUGUUGUUCAAUGCGUUUGCAAGCGAACUGGAAGUUCUCACGCUCUAUGCUCAGCGCCCCGUGGUGGAAAAACACAACCAGUAUGCUCUCUAUCACCAAUCCGCCGAAGCUAUUGCGAGCUAUGUGAUGGAGCUCCCGUACAAGACGACCAAUACCAUCAUCUUCAAUCUUAUUCUUUACUUUCUGGCGCAGCUGCGGCAAGAUGCCGGGGCGUUCUUCUUCUUUGUCCUCACUGCCUAUCUGAUUCUGCUGACCAUGUCGGGAGUAUACCGUACGGUGGCAUGUAUAACCAGGACCUCUCACCAGGCAAUGGUACCAUCUGCUAUCCUAACCCUCGGCCUGAUGCUUUACAGUGGGUUCACUAUUCCUGUUGGCUCUAUGAGGGGCUGGGCACGAUGGAUCAACUAUAUCAACCCCCUCGCGUAUGGGUUUGAAGCGCUGAUGGUGAACGAAAUGCACGGUCGACAGUUUCCUUGUGCCAGUAUCGUUCCAUCUGGACCUGGUUAUAGCCAUUUGACCAGUUCACAGAGCACUUGCGCCGUCGUUGGGGCUGUUCCGGGUGCUACGACUGUCAAUGGAGACGCAUAUCUGGCGGAUACUUACCAGUACUACUAUGCUCAUAAGUGGAGGAACAUCGGAAUACUCUUUGGAUACACGAUUUUCUUCUUCUUCACCUACGUAUUAAGUGCAGAGUACGCUCGUCCUGCGCCCAGUCGGGGUGAGAUACUGGUCUUCCGUCGCGGGACAUCGUCUCCAACCGCCAAGCAACACCCGAACGACGAGGAGCUCCAGUCCACUGGCCAUCAACUUAUUGAAAAGCCUUCCACGUCGUCGAUGCCACAAAACCCACCCUCCUCCAAACAUCCAGCACCCAGCGGGAAGGAUCGACGAAUCCUGGAUCACGUUGACGGGUGGGUACAGCCCGGAGUGACGACUGUUCUCAUGGGCGCCUCGGGAGCUGGCAAGACGACACUCCUCGACACACUGGCAGGUCGAAUCUCGGUCGGGGUGCUCAGCGGCGAUACCUUGGUCGACGGUAAACCGACUGGUCGCUCAUUUCCCCAUCAGAUCGGCUAUGUUCAGCAGCAGGACCUUCAUCUCAAUACCAUGACGGUCCGUGAAGCCCUGGAGUUCAGCGCCCUGCUUCGCCAAAGCGAUAGCAUCCCCCGAGAGGAAAAGCUGGCCUAUAUCGACGAAGUUGUCUCAGUCUUGGAGAUGUCCGAGUAUGUCGAUGCUAUCGUUGGAGUACCUGGCGAAGGCUUGAAUGUGGAGCAACGUAAGCGCCUAACAAUCGGUAUCGAAUUAGCUGCCCGGCCCCAGCUUCUAAUUUUCUUUGACGAGCCAACGUCUGGACUGGACUCACAGACGUCCUGGGCUAUUUGUGAUUUGAUUGAAAAGCUGGCCAGGAGUGGUCAAGCUGUUCUAUGCACUAUUCACCAACCUUCGGCGAUGCUCUUUGCUCGGUUUGACAGGUUACUUUUACUGCAGCCGGGCGGCAAAACGGUGUAUUUUGGUGAGAUCGGCGACAACAGUCGGACUAUGAUCGACUAUCUGGAGAGGAACGGUGCAUCGCCUUGUCCGCCAGAAGCGAAUCCCGCCGAAUGGAUGCUCAAGACAACCCUCCCAUCUGCUGAUGGCCCGCCAUGGUUUGACGUCUGGCAGGCCUCUCCAGAGUAUUCGGCCAUGAAGCAAGAGCUCACUCAGUUGCGUUUAAUGGAGCCUGUGACUAAUUCCGCUGCCUCAUCCUCCGGGAACAAUGCUCACGACGGCGAAUUUAUCGUCUCAUUUUCGACGCAGCUUCGCGAGGCAUUUUUACGUCUGGCCAAGCACUUUUGGCGAUCUCCCGUCUAUAUCUGGUCAAAGCUCUCAGUUACCAUUCUUUUUUCUCUUUUUAUUGGCUUCAGCUUCCACGCCAAAAACAGCCUUCAAGGCCUGCAGAAUCAGCUUUACUCGGUCUUCAUGUGUGUCCUUAUCUUCAACCCAUUUAACAAGCAGAUCAUGCCCAUGUUCGUUCCGCUACGUGCUCUCUACGAGGUUAGAGAAAGGCCCUCCAGAAUCUAUCGCUGGACAACAUUCAUCCUCUCCAAUGUCUUAAUUGAGCUCAUCUGGAACACCCUCGCCGCCGCCAUAUUCUUCUUUUGCUGGUAUUAUCCCGCUGGCUUCGUUCGUAACACUACUUCAGAUGACAUCCACAUUCGUGGCUUCACCGUAUUUCUCUUCCUCUGGCAACUCAUCCUCUGGAUAUCAACUUUCUCUCAACUGGCUAUCUGUGCGAUUGAAACGGCCGACCUGGCAGGUGUCCCGGCCUCACUGGUCUCUGUUCUCUGUAUGGCCUUCUGCGGCGUUGGGGUCGCUCAGACCGAUCUCCCCUCCAUCUGGCGUGACUUCAUGUAUCAUGUGUCUCCAAUGACAUAUCUCGUCAGCGGUGCCUUAACGACGAGCCUGCAUGGGUCAAAUGUGACGUGUAUCUCUACCGAGAUCGUGCGCGUUCCUGGUCGAGAGGGUACCAACUGUGGCUCGUUCUUGGCCGCCUUUGUGGAACAGGCGGGAGGUUACCUAAUUAAUCCUGAAUCAAGAGGCGAGUGUCAGUAUUGUUCGAUGGCAACGACGGAUCAGUACCUGUUGCAGUUCAGUAUGAAAUAUGAUGAGAGAUGGAGGAACUUUGGCAUCGGUUGGGCCUAUAUCAUCUUCAACAUUGCCGCGACGUGUGGCUUAUAUUGGCUGGCUCGAGUACCUCGGCGCUAA